CCCCAAACCGUUUUUACUUAAAGCUGGCGGUUUGUCCAAUCCCUCCAGUCUUGCCUUCUCUCCCUCUAUCAGUUCACAAACUUUGAACAAUGCCGACUCCCACUUCUGCACUUCCGCUCUCCUUCUUCCUCCCUCUCUUCCUGUCUCUCUCCAUCACACAUGGGACUCAACUCAUACUAGUAAACAACUGCAAGGAAAGCGUGUGGCCCGGCAUCCUCGCCGGCGCCGGCCACUCCACCCCGAACGACGGCGGCUUCCAUCUCGCUUCCGGUGAUGAAGCCGUCAUCGACGUCCCGCAGAAGUGGUCGGGACGAGUGUGGGGCCGGCAGGGCUGCUGCUUCGACGAAGCCGGAAAGGGUUGGUGCGACACGGGCGACUGCUCCGGCAGCAUGAGGUGCCGGGGCACCGGGGGCGUGCCGCCUGCGACGGUGGUGGAGAUGACGUUUGGAUCUAACACUUCGCCGCUGCACUUCUACGACGUGAGCCUGGUGGACGGGUUUAACCUGCCGGUGUCGAUGGCCCCGGUAGGUGGCGGCGUGGGGUGUGGCGUGGCGGCGUGCGAGGCGGAUCUGAACGUGUGCUGCCCGUCGGCGCUGGAGGUGAAGAAGGAGGGGAAGGUGGUGGGGUGUAAGAGCGCAUGCCUGGCGAUGAGAUCCCCUAAGUAUUGUUGUACUGGCAACUACUCCAAUCCAAAUACUUGCAAGCCCACGUUGUUUGCGCAUCUGUUCAAGGCCAUAUGCCCUAAAGCCUACAGUUAUGCUUUUGAUGAUUCUUCUAGUCUUAACAAGUGCAGGGCUUCACGGUAUGUCAUCACCUUCUGCCCUCCCAAUUGAAGGGAACGUGCCCCUGUGCAUGGGAGCCUAUAGGGUAGUGAAGGCGUAAUGAAUUAAUGUUGGGUUUCAUGUUAUUUGGAUUUCUGCAUUUGAUUUUGAAGUGUCGUAUUAGUAUGGGUUGGUAGUUAAUAGGUUUGGUUUGGUUUACAUAUUAGGGGGAUUUUGAUAUUUCGUGUUUGGACGGUGGUACUGCAGAUUUAUCCAGUUGGAGGAUUUUGCAUUGGGAGCUGCCUGAUUGCUUUUUGAUCUCUAGGCCUGUUGAUAUAUAUUACAAAUGCUUGCUUUUGUCCA